CAGUAAAAAAAGACAAAAACUAAGAUCCCCUUUCUGACAUUCUCUUUGAUGUGGACAUACGCCACGUGUACAUAAUAUAAUAUCAAAUCUAACGAACAACGAUCUUAACCGGUUCGGGUCAACUUCCGAACCCGGUUCUUUUCUCCCGGAGUUUCAUCAAUGUCAAUGCAGCUCAUCAUCAUAAUUUUCAUUUCAUUUUCUUAAUUAAUCCCCCCUAAUUUACUGUCACUUUCCCUUACUCUAAUUCGUCAUUCAUUUCUUAAUUAUAAUAAUAAUAAUUAUUAUAAUAAUAAUAAUAAUAAUAAUAGUUUUCUUCCUUCAUUAAUCCAAUUUUAAUUGCAACUGAGCUGCUUUAAUUUUAACAAAAACCCAGCUCCGAUUCUGCAUUAAUCAUCCACCCUGUUUUCCCAUUAUUCCAUUUUGGGAUUUUUGUUUUAAAAAUGUGUUAUUGUGGGAGGAUCCGUUGAGACAUUUUAUCGAUCAGUUUGUGUGCAUUGGAAUCUUAAAGGAUUUUCUUGGAUGCGAUUGAUAGAGAAACGGCGCCAUUAGAUGGCGCUGUUCAGACGAUUCUUCUAUAGGAAGCCGCCGGAUCGGCUUCUUGAGAUCUCUGAACGGGUCUAUGUGUUCGAUUGUUGCUUCUCAACGGACACAUUGGACGAAUAUGAGUACAAGACGUACCUGGGAGGUAUUGUAGCUCAGCUGCAGGACCACUAUCCAGAUGCUUCUUUCAUGGUUUUUAAUUUCAAAGAAGGAGAUCACAAGAGUCAAAUAUCAGAUAUAUUAACGCAGUAUGAUAUGACGGUCAUGGAUUAUCCUCGAAAAUAUGAAGGGUGUCCAGUAUUGCCACUGGAAAUGAUCAAGCACUACUUGCGAUCCAGUGAGAGCUGGCUUUCAAUCGAGGGCCAACAAAAUGUACUGUUGAUGCACUGUGAGAGGGGAGGGUGGCCUGUACUUGCUUUCAUGCUUGCUGGCCUUCUUUUGUACAGAGAACAAUACACUGGUGAGCAGAAGACUCUUGACAUGGUAUACAGGCAAGCUCCUAGGGAACUUCUUUAUGUUUUAUCGCCUUUGAAUCCACAGCCAUCUCAGCUUAGAUAUCUUCACUAUAUCACCACAAGAAAUAUUGGCUUAGAUUGGCUGCCAUCAGAUAUACCUUUUGCUUUAGAUUGUAUCAUACUCAGGGUCCUUCCUCAAUUUGAUGGUGGGAGGGGCUGCCGGCUGGUGCUUCGUGUCUAUGGUUUGGACCCUGCUUCACCGACGUCCAAUAGGAGUUCUAAACUCCUCUUUUCAACUUCCAAGACAAAACAACAUGGUCGCCUCUACCGACAGGAAGAGUGUGCACUGGUGAAAAUAGAUAUCCACUGCCGUGUUCAAGGAGAUGUUGUUCUUGAGUGCAUGCAUUUGGAAGAUGAUCUAGUUAGGGAAGUAAUGAUAUUCAGAGUUAUGUUUCACACCGCAUUUAUUCGCUCAAAUGUUUUGAUGUUAACUCGUGAUGAAAUUGAUGUUCCAUGGGAUGCAAAAGACCAAUUCUCUAGGGAGUUCAAAGCAGAGGUACUCGUUUCGGAUGCUGAUGCUCUUCCAUCUAUUAUCACCACUGAAGCACCAGUUGAAGAUGAUAAUGAGACUGAAAGUGCUUCACCAGACGAGUUCUUUGAGGCAGAAGAGAUAUUCUGCAAUGCUGUUGAUGGACAGGAUGGAAGAACGGAAUCUGAUGCCCAUUCAGUUCAGGACAGUGUGCAUGAAGAUGAAAGCAUUGAAAUAUGGAAAGAGGAAUUGGAACACCAUGCCUUUCAAGACUCUGCAUUUGUUGAAGGGAAUCGCAAACUUGAAGGAAAUAUGGAUUCUACUCAACAAGCAUCAAAAACAAAUGGUUUAGGGGAUAAGGACGAUUUGAUAAACUCCAAGGCUGUUCUUUCUGAUGUUUCUAGUCCCAAGGACUCAGAAGUAGAAACACCGGGGGUAAGUAUCAUGUUAGACGAAGGGGACGAUAAGCAAGAUGUAGAAGGAACCUUUAGACGAGAGAGGCAAGGUUCACGGUUGACUACUGAUAUCAGUAACAAAAAAAAUGCAAAGGCACCUUCAUCUCCAAAGAAACAGCUAGCAUCCAACUCCAAACUUGCCGCUGAUGGGAUUGGACCCAAAAAUAAAUCUAAACAGAAAGAAUCCCUGAACACUUUGUCGCGAAUAGCAAAGCCAAAUGCAGUGUCUCGGUGGAUCCCUUCUAAUAAAGGUUCUUACACUAAUUCAAUGCAUGUGGCAUAUCCAGCUUCAAGGUAUAAGAGUGCUCCACCUGCACUUGCUGUCAGAGAUUCUCAAUCUGGGUAUAAAUCAAAAUCGCCCUCUCCACGAUCUUCUUCAGAAGUUAAAAUUCCAGUUGGAGCAGGUCAUAUUCCAAAGAAACGCUCUUCAUGUCCUGCAUCAUUAGACAUGUCAACUGUCAAGGGGGCACGUGUUGCAAUGACCUCUUCCUCAGAAUCAGUUGAAAGCCCGACACUGGACCUUCAGGCAUCCCCUCCAAGUUCUUCACUGCCUUCAUUUCAAUAUCCAAGCUCUUUAUCACUUGAAUUGCCUCCUAUUCAGGAAGCAAGUACUAACAUGCCAGCUUCCGCAACGCCACCUGAGUCUUCGCAGGAAGGACAUAUUAUAACUACUUCUUUGACCCACCACUCCUUCCCUUCCCCACCUUCAACCCCACCCCCACCUCUGCCUUCUCAAAUCCUAUCACUUAGUCAUUAUGUCAAAUCCACAUCACCACCUCCACCUCCACCUCCACCUCCACCCCCACCUCCUCCUUACCCUCCCUCUCCACCUUCACCAUCAAAUAGCUUGAGAAAGACUCAUAUGGGUAGCUCUCAUAGUCAUAACAUUAAAUCCUUUUCACCACCACCCCCGCCUCCCCCUCCGUCAUCAAAUGGGUCAAGAAUGGCUCAUAUGUGUAGCUCUCCUCCUCCUCCCGCACCUUUAUCACCCACAUUAUCUACUGUACCGAGAGUUGGUAGGUUAUUGUCACCAACCCCCUCACCCACUUCUUCACCAAAUGCGGCUUGUGCAACGUCCUCCUUUGUAUCAUCAAGUCCAUUGCCACCUUCACCUCCACCUCCAUCUCUACCUCCAUCUCCACAUGCACCCACUGCACAAAAGUUAGAAAGGUUUGGGAUGUCCACUUCACCACUACCACCUCCUCCCCCUCCCCCUCCCCCUCCCCCUAUCCCUACAAUUUGCAGUGUCCCUCCACCACCUCCACCACCUCCAUCAUUUCCAAUUGUGUCUGGAGUUUCUUCUUUGUUAUCAGUGAGUGCUCCACCAUCACCAGAUCUUCCUUCUUCACUUGAGCUACCUUCUUUACUUGGUGCUUCGGCUUCGCCUCCCCCACCACCUCUUAUGCAAGUUUCUCCUCCUUCACCAUCAUCACCAUCCUUACAGAGUGAUUCACUUCCACCUACCUCAACUCCUUCCCAAAAUGCACCUCCUCCACCUUUGCCUCCACUAAGUCCACCUCCAUGUCCACUGCCACCUCCACCUCCACCUCCACCUCCACCCCCAUAUGUUUCAAGAAAUUCUCCAACGUCAUUUCUGCCACCACCUCCGCCACCUCCACCUCCACCCCCAUCUGUUUCAAGAAAUUCUCCGACGUCAUUUCUGCUUCCACCUCCACCUCCACCUCCACCAAGAAAUGAUCCGACCCCAAUUCAACCUCUAUCUGCACUUCCACCUCCACCCCUACCCCCACCUGUUUCAAGAAAUUCUCCGACAUUAGUUCUGCCUCCACCUCCUCCACCCCUACCUCCUUCAAGAAAUUCUCCAGCACCAACUCCCCCUCCCCCACCCCUUUCGUACAGUAUUCCACCUGCGCCAAAUCCACCUUCAAUUCUUUGUCCUCGUCCUCUUUCCACCCUAUCUUCUUUAUCUAGAGCACCACCACCGCCUCCACCACCUCCUCCCCCACCUCCUUUGCAUGUUGCAUGUUUACCAUCUCCUCCAUUGUCGGCAACUCCACCCCCUCCUCCUCCUCCUCCUCCUCCUCCACUACCAGGAGCUCCACCUCCACCUCCAGUUCCUCCUCCUCCCCCUUGUGCUGGCCCACCUGGUCCACCAACUCCUCCACCUCCUCCUUGUGGUGGCCCUCCAGAUCCUCCACCACCUCCGCCUCCCCCCGGUGGCGGUCCUCCACCUUCUCCGCCUCCCCCGGGUGGCGGUCCUCCACCACCUCCGCCUCCUCCCGGCAGAGCACCACCUCCUCCACCCCCACCUGGAGGUGGCACACUUGGUCCACCACCUUCAGGAGGUCGAGCACCAGGUCCACCUCCGCCACCACCUCCUGGGGGUAGAGCACCAGGUCCACCUCCCCCCCCACCUCCUGGAGGUGGAGCACCGGGUCCACCUCCCCCACCUGGAGGUCCAAGACCUCCAGGUGGUGGACCUCCCCCGCCACCACUAUUUGGCUCUAAAGGACCUGGGGCAGCCGGCAGAGGACUUCCUGCUGGGAGAGCUCCAGCACUUUCACGGUCAAGAUCUACUUUAAAGCCAUUGCACUGGAGCAAGGUUACCAGGGCACUACAGGGAAGCCUAUGGGAGGAACUGCAGAGACAUGGAGAGAUUCAAGUUGCACCGGAGUUUGAUGUGUCAGAAAUUGAGGUUCUUUUCUCAGCCACUCCCAAGUCAAGUAGUGUUGGUAAAUCUGGGGGAAAGAAGAAGUCUGCUGAAUCUAAACCGGACAAGGUUCAUCUGAUUGACCUAAGAAGAGCAAAUAAUACGGAGAUUAUGCUCACAAAAGUGAAAAUGCCACUUCCAGACAUGAUGGCAGCUGCAUUGGCAAUGGAUGAGUCUAUUUUAGACGCAGAUCAGGUGGAGAAUCUGAUAAAAUUUUGUCCUACGAAAGAUGAAAUGGAUCUUCUUAAGGGUUACACUGGUGACAAGGAACUUUUGGGAAAGUGUGAACAGUUCUUUUUGGAGUUGAUGAAGGUGCCACGGGUAGAGUCGAAAUUAAGAGUGUUUCUUUUCAAGAUUCAGUUCAAGUCUCAGGUGACAGACUUCAAGAAAAGCUUAAACACAGUGAAUUCUGCAUGCGAAGAGCAGGUUCGAAGUUCUUUAAAAUUAAAGGAGAUAUUGAAGAAGAUUUUGUUUCUUGGGAAUACGUUAAACCAGGGAACUGCCAGAGGUUCUGCCAUUGGAUUUAAGUUGGACAGUCUUUUGAAGCUCACUGAUACACGUGCUACUAACAACAAGAUGACACUCAUGAAUUAUCUUUGUCAGGUUCUUGCUUCUAAGUCACCAGCACUUUUAGACUUCCAUGAAGGUCUUGUAAGCAUGGAAGCUGCAUCAAAGAUUCAAUUGAAGUCUUUGGCUGAAGAAAUGCAAGCAAUCAUCAAGGGGCUAGAAAAAGUUAAGAAGGAACUCGAGUCAUCUGCGAAUGAUGGGCCCGUGUCUGAAAUCUUUUGCAAGACCUUGAAGGAAUUCAUUGGUGCAUCUGAAGCAGAGGUGGGCUCUCUCCGGGAGUUGUAUUCUGUGGCGGGCAGAAAUGCAGAUGCACUUGCGCUUUAUUUUAACGAGGAUCCUGCCAAAUGUCCAUUUGAACAAGUCACCGCAACCCUCUUAAAUUUUGUGAGGUUAUUCCGGAAAGCCCAUGAUGAGAACUUGAAGCAGGCUGAACUAGAAAAGAAGAAAGCUCAGAAGGAAGCCGAAGCUGAGAAUGCAGAAGGAAGCAGCUUAAGAAAGAAAGGUUAGAAGUAAAUGGGGAUGAUUCAUGCUUCAGGGUAUCUUUCUGUGUCAUGUGGCCUCUGUCUGUUGGUUAACUGUGUUGACUGACACUGCUCUUAAGUCAAACCAGAAGCCUCCAAUGUUGAUCUAUUGGCUUUGGCUUUCUCUGGGUUCAAGAAAGAACGUCGAACAUGAAAGCUUGUGAGCCUGGAAAUGGCAGAAGUGCUUUGCAGAGGGAAACUGAAAAAGGACAUAUUCUUGUCUGGGCUCUUGGAGUGCUUUGCAGAGAGAAGCUCAAGGAGACUGUCGUCUGAGCUCUUGGAUGAUGCAAGCAACCCGUUGGUCCAAAACUCGAUCACCUGGAUUUUGUUAUUGACGGGUGAUCAUGACUGCCAUCCAUCCUGGAGCGUGUGCUGCAUGAUUAAACAGAGAAAUGCAUCUAAAGAAUGCAAAUUUGGGUAUGCAUUUGUUGCUGGGCGUGUGCUGCAUGAUUAACCUACGCGAUAGAAUUGUUGUUGGUGCAAAAUGUAGUUACUGCAGUGUCGGCGCGUGCACCUUGAUGGAAAAUUAUGCCAUGCAAACUGUAAAUUGGAAGUAUAACAUGAACAGCUUGUACAAAGCUCUACUAACACCCUGUAUUUAGAUUUCUAACUGAUUCUUUUCGUUGUAACAUAGAAACGGAUUCCUUGUCAUGAGAAUCCAACACGGAAAAUUGUACAGAAAGCAUAGAAGAGGAUAGAAAAUAGGUAUUUUUUAGCAAUAGCAAUGUAACAAAAUAUAGGCUGUAGGAUUAGUUUCCCACCUUUCUUGGAAUCAAAUUCUGGGAAAUAAGAUGAUAUCUUCAUUCAUUGA